AUGCUACUGCGCUUUUUGUUGUGUGCUUUGAUUUUGUUUCUGAGUGUACCCUCUGUGUGUGGGACGGGUGAAACGGUUUCUCAAUCCCCCGGUUCUUCUCGUGAAUGUCCUCGUACUUCUGUAGCUGAUGGUGCUGAAGAGUGUCCUUCUUCUGCUAGUGGGCUUUCUUCUAAGAAAGAACAAUGCACUUCGAAGGAUGAUGCAUCUAAAUGCAGUGACCCUGCCGAAGAAAUAGAAGAGAAGCAGCAUUCUGAUGAUUCUGGGAGAAAACGUGAUGAAGUGGAAAGAAGAGAUUCUGGUAGUGAGCACAGAAAAGAAGAAGCAGAAAUUCAAGUGACUAAAGAAACAGUUAAUCCAGGUGGUCGAACGACUGAGGCAGCCAAAGGAGCCGCAACACCAACACCAACACCAACACCGCCAACGAAUAAUGGUAGACAUGAUGACAGUAACAGCCGAGAAACUGAAUUGCCGGCAGAGCCGCAACCAACCGGUCCACAAGGUAAACCUGGUACUGCACAGUCACAACAGAACACUAUGGAAGUGCAGCCGUCUCCAAUUACAGGAGAAGACGAACCUAAAAGAAAUGAUACUACACCCAAUACAGAAUCCGCUGCCCAAACAACUGCAGAAUCACAAGAAGAUAAUGGACCACAAUCAUCUACUGCCGAUGCUGCUGGGACUCCUGCAUCACCCUCACCAGAAGGAACUGCAAAUACUUCGGAUGACACUACAACAAAUAAUGAGGAAUCAACCAACACCACCACCACCACCACAACAACAACAACACUUCCUCCUGAACUCACAAACAACAAGAAGGGUGAUGCAGACAGCAGCAGCAGUAUCUGCAGUUCUGUGUGGGUGCGUGUACCACUACUGAUUGUGGUUACACUGGCCUGUAUUCUUGUGUGCUGA